AGAGAAAGAACAAAGAAAGCUUCAACCUCCACAUUCGGAGACCUCCAUCCGCCAACAAAGCGCGUCUGUCUCUAUUCGUUCUUUAUCUCUCCUCAAAACGCGCGCGCAUCGUGCUAUUUCUAUCGUAUAAAUUGCCUUCUGUAACCGUCGUCGCUUUCAUGAUGUUCGCGUUCAGACGAGCAACCAAUACUCGGGGGCGAACAAACUCUAUUGAGUUCUGGAAUUGUAAUCGAAGGCAGGAAGAGAGAGAUAAGUGUAGUGAUGGAGAGUACAUUCAAGGACAUGAGCGGUGAGUCAGUUCUUGACUUAAAGGACAAACUUGGCCUUCGUGGUGGUGUAGCGGAUGUGUAUGGUGAGGAUUUUGCCACUGAGAAUCAGCCUGUCACCCCGUGGACUGUUUCGGUUGCCAGUGGUUGCACUUUGUUGCGUGAUCCACGCCACAACAAAGGGCUUGCUUUUACUGACAAAGAAAGAGAUGCCCAUUACUUAACAGGACUUCUACCUCCAGUAGUUCUUACACAGGAGCUUCAGGAGAAACGGUUGAUGCAUACUUUACGUCAAUAUGACGUGCCAUUGCACAGAUAUAUGGCCUUGAUGGAUCUCCAGGAACGGAAUGAAAAGCUUUUUUACAAGCUUGUUAUAGAUAAUGUAGAGGAACUGCUUCCAGUAAUUUAUACCCCUACUGUUGGGGAGGCCUGCCAGAAGUAUGGCAGCAUUUACAGACAUCCUCAGGGGUUGUUUAUCAGCUUGAAAGAGAAGGGAAAGAUUAUUGAAGUAUUGAGAAACUGGCAUGAAAAGUUUAUUCAAGUUAUUGUAGUAACAGACGGUGAGCGGAUUUUGGGGCUAGGAGAUCUUGGUUGCCAGGGAAUGGGCAUUCCUGUUGGAAAACUGUCUCUGUAUACAGCUCUUGGAGGAGUUCGUCCUUCAGCUUGCUUGCCUAUAACCAUUGAUGUUGGCACAAAUAAUAAGAAGUUGCUCGAGGAUGAAUUCUACAUUGGUCUCAGGCAGAAUAGAGCAACCGGAGAGGAAUAUUAUGAACUUCUAGAUGAGUUCAUGACUGCAGUCAAGCAAAACUACGGAGAGAAAAUCCUGAUACAGUUUGAGGAUUUUGCAAACCACAAUGCCUUUGAGCUGCUUGCUAAAUACCGAACAACUCAUCUUGUGUUCAAUGAUGACAUCCAGGGAACAGCUUCUGUAGUUCUUGCUGGGCUGAUUUCAUCUUUAAAACUACUGGGUGGAACUUUAGCAGAUCAUACUUUCUUAUUCCUUGGCGCAGGGGAGGCUGGUACAGGUAUAGCUGAACUCAUUGCUCUUCAGAUAUCCAAAGAGACAGAAAAUCCAGUCGAAGAGACCAGAAAGAAAAUAUGGCUUCUUGACUCUAAGGGCUUGGUAGUCAGCUCGCGUAAGGAGUCUCUGCAGCAUUUCAAAAUCCCUUGGGCUCACGAACAUGAACCAGUCGAGGGAUUGUUGAAUGCAGUUGAGGCAAUAAAGCCAUCAGUUCUAAUUGGGACUUCUGGCACUGGAAGGACAUUCACAAAAGAAGUGAUCGAGGCGAUGGCAUCCAUCAAUACGAGACCCCUGAUUCUUGCUCUAUCAAAUCCAACCUCCCAAUCGGAAUGCACAGCUGAAGAAGCUUACACGUGGUCUGAGGGGCGUGCAAUCUUUGCUAGUGGAAGUCCGUUUAGUCCUGUUGAAUACAAUGGGCAAAAAUUUGUUCCUGGCCAGGCCAAUAAUGCAUACAUAUUUCCUGGUUUUGGUUUGGGAAUUAUCAUGUCUGGUACUGUUCGUGUACACGACGAUUUGCUCCUGGCAGCUUCGGAAGCGUUAGCAAAUCAGGUGACGGAGGAUAACUAUGCAGAAGGACUGAUUUAUCCACCCUUUACUAAUAUUAGAAAGAUUUCAGCAAAUAUUGCAGCUCAUGUGGCUGCUAAGUCAUACGAACUCGGUUUAACCACAUGUCUCCCACGUCCAAAGGAUCUUGUGAAGUUUGCAGAGAGCUGCAUGUACUCCCCUCUUUACCGCAGCUACCGUUAGUUAGGUUUGAAGAAGGCAGAUUAGGUAUGAGGUUAUUGAACCAUUGGAAGAUGUUCCCUGGAAGCUGCAU